GUGGGAGUAAUAAACAAUUCAUUUUCAUGAAGGUUCCUUUCCAACUAGACAUACACAACACAUAGUUGAGGAAAGAAUUGAGGUUUAUGGCGCAGAGAUCAGUCGUUUCGUGUAGUAAACUGUGUCGUUUAAUGAAAAGCAGCGGUCGGUCUAGCCUUCGUUAUUUCAGCGAAAGCAAAGGGCGUGUGUUAAGUGAAGAAGAAAGAGCUGUAGAGACCGUUUAUAUUCAGAAAAUGGAGAGGGAAAAGCUGGAGAAGCUGAGGAAGAAGAAAUGGGAGCAAGAGAGAGCUGACAAGAACAAGUCUGAAAGGAAGGCCGAGGAAGGUCCUCACAAGAUGUGAAGCCGGUUGGAUGGCUCGUGAGCUUGUGCGUUUUUGAGCUUGUUGAGAGAAUAAAUGUAACUUGCUGUAUGUGUGCAUCUUUCUGUCUUAGGGUGGUUGAAGUUUGUGUGUAGUUAAGGUAGCCUGUGAAAAUCUCGAGCUCGCUGCUCUUGUAUGCUACUUUCGUCUACGUGCUUGUGAAUCCACGACCGUGUUUCUUUAAGCUUUGUUUUUCAUGAUUGUUUUCCUUCUUAACAUGAUCCAUUGUGCUCGUUCUCGAGCUGGUUGCACUUGUAUGCUACGGAGUUUGUUUAGUCUACGUGCUUGUGAAUCCACGUUUGUGUUUCUUUAA